UUGACGAGAAACGGAACCUGAGGAAGGUACGAAAUUGCUAAGCUAUGAAGAGAUUCUUCAAGCCCAUAGAAAAGGACGGCUCCACGGCGGCUAAGAAACCCUGCCUUUCACCGGAAAAGCGUGACGGAAACGGAGAUGGAGAUGAAGAAGGGAAGAACCAGAAAGAGCCGUCCAAGUUUUUGACGUGGAACGCUAAUAGCUUCCUCCUUCGGGUGAAAAAUGACUGGUCUGAGUUCUCUAAGUUCGUCUCCGAUUUCGACCCGGAUGUCAUUGCUGUACAGGAAGUGAGAAUGCCUGCUGCUGGUGGGAAGGGAAAACCUAAAAAUCAUGAAGAGUUGAGCGAUGACACGAAAGCUUUGCGUGAGGAAAAACAGAUUUUGACGCGGGCUCUCUCAAGUCCACCAUUUGGAAAUUAUCGAGUUUGGUGGUCUCUUGCGGACUCAAAGUAUGCAGGGACAGCUUUGUUAGUGAAAAAGUGUUUCAAGCCCCAAAAAGUUUACUUUAACCUUGACAGAAUAGCAUCUAAACAUGAACCUGAUGGUCGUGUAAUCUUAGCUGAAUUUGAGACAUAUCGUCUUUUAAAUACGUAUUCGCCUAACAAUGGUUGGAAAGAGGAGGAGAAUUCGUUUCAGAGAAGAAGAAAAUGGGACAAGAGGAUUGCUGAGUUCCUCUCCCAAACGUCUGAUAAACCUCUAAUAUGGUGUGGCGACUUAAAUGUCAGUCAUGAGGAGAUAGAUGUUAGCCAUCCAGAUUUUUUCGCAUCAGCAAAACUUAAUGGUUAUGUUCCUCCAAACAAAGAGGACUGUGGACAACCUGGAUUUACACCAUCUGAGAGAAGACGAUUUGGUGCAAUUAUGAAAGAAGGAAGGCUUGUUGAUGCAUACCGGUAUCUACACAAGGAAGCAGACAUGGAAAGUGGCUUCUCAUGGUGUGGGAAUCCUAUUGGAAAGUACCGGGGAAAGAGGAUGAGGAUCGACUAUUUUCUGGUCUCUGAACAUCUCAAAGAUCGUAUAGUUACUUGUAAGAUGCACGGUCGUGGGAUAGAAUUAGAAGGCUUCUAUGGGAGUGAUCACUGUCCGGUUUCACUCGAGCUUUCGAAGCCAACAUCAGAUUCGGAAGAGAACCAGGUUUCCAACUAAAAUCAUCCUCUUCUGCAAUAGAACAUAAGCCUUCUUUAGACUCAAACCAAAGCUUGUGUUAUCAGGGUUGAGAGAAUGAUCUUUUCAUUUACUUUUGCCGAUUUGAGGAUUAGGUUGAUGAUAUUGAGACACUUAUUUGGCCUUGUUGCUAUCUUGAGCAAUCAAAAGGACCUUUAACAAUGAUUUAUUUUUCCUAGGAAAUGUAGAUAUUUUCACAUUUGAAUCUUCAUUUUAUUUUUUGAUUAGUUUUG